CUCUUCAGCUUUCAAGCACCAAGAAACCAUUUCUAUUACGAGGUAAGUUAGAUACAAUUUCCCUUUGAUGAAGAAGCAAAUGUCUAGUAAUCCUUAAGUUAGUGUCUUAUUCCCUAUGCGAGAUGGCCCCGACAACUGUACGAAAGAUGGACAUCGACUCCGAAGGCCAGAAAUCAUUGGAAUCACUCCAGCGGGACAUUAAACACGCGGUCAUAAAGAAAACCGAGAACGGCAAUGUACAAUAUUCAAACAGGAGUCUUGAUGCAACAGUCGCACCACUUCUCAAGUCUUUGCAUCUGGAUCAUCUAGCCUAUGCAGCGUGGAAAAUCGUGAAAACCAUAACUAUUGAAAACGAGACCGGCCCUGAGUAUAUUAUACCUGUCGAAACGGUCCAAGGAGAUCCAAUAAUUUCUAUUCCUACCAAGGAUGAGAACUGCCCUGAAGGGAUAUUUACGCCAAGCGAAAGUCUACGUCCUGGCUCCUAUGUAUACCAUGACGGUACUGUGCGCCUAACUGCAGGACUAAUUUGCCUUUUCGUUGGAAAGCCGCAACUAAAAUUGACUGCAUGAUUGAUUACUCCUAUUUAUCAACAGGCUAUUUGUCAACCCUGUUAAAUCUGCUGUGGUGACUAUCCAUACGG